UUUCCCCCCUCCUUCUUUUCCCACCCUCCUUCCGGCCUGCUUAUCCUCCCGGAUCUCCUUCUGAAUUUCCGCAUCCGGCUCAUGAGGCUCCACUUCCGGCAAAGAAAGGAAGGAAAGGGAAAGGGGCGGGGACAAGAUGGCGGCGCCUAUGAGGAUUCAGAGCGACUGGGCUAAAGCUCUCAGGAGGAAUGAAGGGGAAGCCUGGCUCAGCUGUCACCCUCCAGGGAAACCGACUUUAUAUGGCAAAUUAACUUGUCAGGGAAUUGAUUCCAGUGGAAUUCCAGAAAUUACAGCUUCAGAAGGAUUUGUUGUGAAUGAAAUUAGUAAGAAAAGCAUUCACAUUUCAUGUCCAAAGGAAAAUGCUUCUUCCAAAUUUUUGGCACCACAUACCACAUUUUCCAGAAUUCAUGCAAAGAGUAUAACAUGCCUGGACAUUUCUAGUGGAGGAGGCCUUGGAGUAUCCACCAGUACUGAUGGGACCAUGAAAAUCUGGCAGGCAGCUAAUGGAGAGCUCAGAAGAAUACUGGAAGGACAUGUAUUUGAUGUGAAUUGUUGCAGGUUUUUCCCAUCAGGCCUUGUGGUUCUGAGUGGGGGAAUGGAUGCACAGGUGAAGAUUUGGUCAGCAGAGGAUGCCAACUGCGUGGUGACCUUCAUUGGUCACAAAGGAGGUAUCUUGGAUACAGCUAUUGUUGAUCGAGGAAGAAAUGUGGUUUCCAGUUCUCGAGAUGGGACUGCUCGACUUUGGGAUUGUGGGCGAUCAGCCUGCUUGGGUGUCGUUGCAGAUUGUGGCUCUCCUGUGAAUGGCAUUGCUGUGGGUGCAGCUGACAACACGAUAAAUCUUGGCUCCCCUAUGAAAGUUCCCAGUGAACGGGAGAUUGGAACAGAAGGGAAAAUGCUGCUUUUGGCUCGGGAAGAUAAAAAGCUCCAGUGUGUGGGAUUACAAAGCAGACAGCCGGUGUUCCUCUUUGUUGGCUCAGAUGCAUUCAACUGCUGUACUUUUCUCUCUGGCUUUUCUCUGUUGGCUGGAACUCAAAAUGGGAACAUAUAUCAAUUGGAUAUAAGGAAUCCAAGGGCUCCAGUUCAAGUCAUUCACCGUUCAGGUGCUCCAGUACUAUCCCUCUUGGCUUACCGAGAUGGAUUCGCCGCCAGCCAAGGUGAUGGGACAUGCUUCAUUAUGCAACAAGACUUGGACUAUGUAAUUGAGUUGACUGAGGCUGACUGUGACCCUGUUUAUAAGGUGUCCACAUGGGAGAAGCAGAUCUACACCUGCUGUCGAGAUGGUCUCGUGCGCCGGUAUCAGCUCUCUGACCUCUGAUGACUCAAAGAGUUGAGUGAUUGGUCAGAAACCAGAAUCUUUCAUCACCACAGAGCCGAGACACCACUGGCCUCACAGGACCAUAGACUCUCUACCCUGGGCACACAAGCGUGCUAGGGCUCUGUUCACAGGGCUAGAGAGACCCAAAUAUCGCCCUCCACGUGACCUUUGGCCACUUGGAUCUGACCAAACAUGUAAUUUCUAUCUGUAUUAGUAUUCACUCCUCCUUUCCCCUGCACCAAAAUCAGCACAUCCCUGUUCUCUCCACUCAACGGUUAAUCUGGCCCCAGAGAUGCAGAAGGGGAGCCCUUCUCUCUGCAGGACUUUGUCUACUGUGUGUGUGCAGUUUUCUGAGACAUCAAGUCUAUUGGAUGUGCCUGUCGAAACAGAGAAUCAGUCAGCCCUCCACAAAGGAAAUAAAGGAGAAGUAUUUGAAAACUUCAGGAGAAAUCUUGUUUCAUAUUUGCCUACAAGAUUUCUUGUAACUCUAAGGCUGAAAAGCACAUUGGUCUUAGAUUUGAAAACAGGUACCUAGUGAUUCCUAUUAGUUGUGUGACUUUGGGCAAGUCCCUUUCUCUGUCUUAAUUGAACUUUCUUUAUCUGUUAAAAAAAAAAGGGGGGGGGGUUUAGGUUAUGUGAUUUAGACACACACGAGAUGUUUAAGUUCCUUCUGUAUGAUGACAUAGCUAGGGACUAUGAAUACCAAAAAUGAUACAAUAAUAAAAAGCCUCAAGGAACUUAUAUUGAUUGUUGAGAUAGCUUGUAUGAAAAUAAGUAUAUUAAAAAUGAGACAGUGGUUGUUGGGAGAAGCACUAGCAGUUAAAAGGUUCAGGACAGGCCUCCUAUAGAAAGUUGUAUUUGAGUUGAGCUUUGCAGGAAACUAAGGUUUUUUAACAGGUGGAGAUGAAGAGGAAAUGAAUUUUAGUAUGGGGGACAUCCUAUACAAAGAUAGGAAAUGGAGUAUCGUAUGAGGAAUAAGAAGAAGAAGAUCUGUUUGGGCCAAAGAGAGCCUUAAGGAAAGUAAUAUAUGAUAAAUUUAGGAUGGCAGACUGGAAUUAGGUUUGAAGAACUUUAAAUGCUUAACCCAAGGAAUUUGAAUUUGAUCUUACAAAUAAAAAGAACCACUGUAGUUAAUUCAGCAUGGAAGUGACAUUGUCAGAUCUGAAUUUUAGCAAUGUCAUCUUGGAAGCUUUAUAGAAGAUGAAUUAGAAGAGUGGUGGAGGCAGGGAGAACAGUUAGGAAACAAUUGUAAUGACUCAAGGAGGAGGUGAGGAGAACCUGGGGUAUUAAGGAGGUAAAAUCAGCAAAACUAGGAAAUUAAUUACUAAAUAGUAAAACCCAUCUUAAUGUCUACUCUCAAAUGCUCUUAACAAAUGAGGAACCAGGGAUCUUAGUGCAAAUUUGCAUCAUUUCCUAAUGGAUAUUAAAGGGCCAAAGGCUGGGGGUGUGAGAAGGGUAGAAUAGUCAGCAGACCAGUCAAUGAACAUUUAUUAAGCACCUACUAUGUGCUAGAAACUGUGCUAAGCAAGUCCUGGGCAUAGAAAGAAAGGUAAGAGAUCCCCUUCUCAAGGAGCUUAAAACAACCUGUAAACCACUAAGUACAGAUAUGGUAUAGAUAGGAUAGAGCCUAACAUUUACAUAAAGUUCCAAAUCAAGAAAUAGGUGGAAAAAUGAAAAAAGAAAAAAAUUAGAUCAUAAAAGCUAUUUUGGUGACAAAGAAG